AUGCGACGAGUUGUCGUGACAGGGCUUGGUGUCGUCUCACCCUUUGGGGUCGGCGUGCGCAACACGUGGAAUCGUCUGUUGGCUGGAGAGUCGGGCAUCACCAGCGUGGCCAGCUUCGAGCCUCAGAAGCAGUGGAAAGACCUGACAAGCACAGUUGCUGGUGUAGUCCCCAGCCAUGGCACAGGUCCAGAGCAGUGGCGCUCGUCCGACUGGCUCAACGCCACGGAACAACGUCGCAUGUCCAAGUUUGCCCAGUACGCCGUGGCCUGUGCGGACAUGGCAAUGAAAGAUGCCGGUUGGAAACCGCAAAGCCAAGACGAUCUGGAAGCAACGGGCCUCUGUCUGGGCAGUGGUAUUGGCAAUCUUGAGGAGAUUUACGAGACGAGCUUGGCGUUCAAUCAGCAAGGCUACAAGAAGGUUUCGCCGCUCUUCGUCCCCAAGAUUCUCAUCAAUUUGGCCGCCGGCCAUAUAUCGAUGAAAUACGGUCUACAAGGCCCCAAUCACGCCGUCACUACGGCUUGCACGACCGGAGCGCACUCCAUAGGCGACGCGAUGCGAUUCAUUGCUUUUGGAGACGCCGACGUCAUGGUUGCUGGCGGCACGGAAUCCUGCAUCCAUCCCUUGACCUUUGCGGGUUUCGGGAGGGCAAGGUCCCUCUCCACGGCUUACAACGACAGCCCCCACGCAAGCUGUCGUCCCUUCGACCGCGACCGCAACGGUUUCGUCGUCUCGGAGGGUGCGGCGGUCCUGGUCCUGGAAGAACUGGAGCACGCCAGGGCCCGGGGUGCUCACAUCUACGCGGAGGUCAAAGGCUACGGCUGCAGCGGCGACGCACAUCAUAUGACGGCUCCGCGAGAAGACGGUCGAGGCGCGUUUCGCGCGAUGAAGCUUGCUUUAAAGAAUGCGGGAAUCCCACCGGCCGAUGUAAGUUACAUCAACGCCCACGCUACCGCGACGCAGGUUGGCGAUGCGGCUGAAGCUUCCGCGAUUCGAAGUAUCAUGACGGGCGAGGAGGGCCACGCGGACGAGUCGCAGGUCACUGUGAGCAGCACCAAAGGAGCCGUCGGGCAUCUACUGGGCGCGGCUGGCGCCAUCGAGGCCAUGUUCGCCGUGUUAUCAGUGGCGGAGACUUUGGCCGAAAUGAACAUGUCUACUGACUCUUUCAAGGAUGUCGUGCCGCCUACACUAAAUCUCGAGAACCCCGACGUCGGGGGAUCCAUGAAUCUGGUACCCCUCAAAGCACAAGCGAAACAGGUCAACGUAGCCAUGUCUAAUAGCUUUGGCUUUGGUGACCUCUCGAGCGCAUCGGCGCAGGGCUCCCUUCCCCGCCUGGCGGCGAUAACCUCCUCUACACCGACGACGACGACACGGACAAGCCCCGCUCAGCCGACCGGGAGGAGACACUUCAGCCAGUCCGCCGCAUCACGGAAUGCCGGAAACGCGGGCUUCAAGCAGGCCAUCCGCGCCGGCAUGCUUGCCGCAGCACCCAAGACCAUGGCUGCGUCCCUGACAACUUCCCGUCUCGAGGCGCUGUACGGAGCUUGCGCCAAGCCCGCGCUGUACAAAAUCUCAGAGCAAGACCGUCACAACGAGACGGUGCGCAUGACCGAGGACGGCGAGGAAGUCGGCGAGGCCCAGGGUCCUUGGCUCGAUCUCCUCGACCUCCAACCCUCCUUCAGCUCCUGGUCCCAGACGACGAUGCUGCACAUGUACCUUGUCCUCGCCCGCCUCCGCUGCCUCGACCGCGACGCCGCCCAGGCCCUCCAGCACCAGUUCAUCGACCAGUUCUUCUUCGACUGCGAGCGCAUGAUGCACCUCAACCACGGCAUGACUUCUUCCGCCCUCCGCCAGCGCUACCUGAAGGAGAUCUUCGUCCAGUGGCGCGGCCUCAUCGCCGCCUACGACGAGGGCGUCGUCAAGGAUGACCGCGUCCUCGCCGCCGCCGUCUGGCGAAACCUCUUCAAGUCCCGCGAAGACGCCGACAUGCGCCAGGUCGCCGCUGUCGUCGCGUGGAUCCGUGCUUCGUUGCGCGACCUUGAGGCCGGCGCCGUCGAAGAUCUCCUGGUCGACCCGCGCGCCGUCUUCAAGCGGGACCUGAAGGAUAUGUUCAGACUCGUGGAUGCGUUCGGGCCGGAGCUGGCCGGGGAGUUCGAGAAGCUGGGGUCCAAGGGGGAGGAGAUGCCGCCGCCGGAGCCGGUUUCUGACAGGAGAGGUGCUGUGUACGAUGAUGUUGGGGCGUUAAAGGAGGCAGCUGCCAAGGUGCUGUGA